GAACCCAACGAUACGCCAUGAGUGCUGUACAGGAGACCCGAUAUGACGGCGCCCGUGCUUUCGAACUGAAACACGGCCUCAUGAGUUCCCAAACUCCAAGAAGAGGCCGAAAUAUUUCUCCCGAUAAUCUCCUCGUCGGGGCCGAAUAUAAGACGGUCCUUUUCAGAGAUUAUUUGCAAGAAAUCCUCGAGCCGAGCAAAAGUUACGGCCAUGAAGCAGUCCUGCCAAUCCCAAUGCUCAGGAUUUUAGUCCAUAUCACUCCAUAUACAAAGGAACCGUCCAGAACCGUCCCGGCUAUAGCUUCUGAAUGGCGUUGAGAAGCGCGCUCGCUGCCUUCGCAAUUUGGUAGCCAGCGGAUCGUACUCGACAGCACGUGCUGACUUGCACUUGAAGUCGGAGUUCUUCUUGGAGGCCGGAAGGUGCUGUACCGGAUAGCAUGAUGUCCAUGGAUAGCUCUUUUGCACCGAGAGAUCUUGGAAACAUCGUACUUUGAAAUUCAAUUCAAAUAAAACUUCUCUUGGCAGUUGCAAGAACGGCAUCUAAAUGCGUAAAAUCAAAUGUCGAAGGGCGAUGGGAUGAGUUGUCUUGUGAAUGAGGGCAAAUGCGCUUGACGUUCAAGAACCGAUGUGUGGUGUGAUGGUAUCACCCUUUGAGUUGUUAGCGGCUCUUUACAUUUUCACAGCCAUCCUCGGGUUUGUCAUACUUUUGUGGGUGGAGUUUCAGGAUACGUUUCCGCGAGAGAAGUGAUCUUCCGCGAGAGGAGAAUAGCGUAGCACGAACACGUCUUAGAAGAUGUCUCUCGUUCGUAGCUUUAGUAAGUGGCUGCUCAAAGGCAGGACAAAAGAAAAGCACGAUGGGGUUCAAUCUGAGGACAUGGAGGCUAAUCAUGAUGUGGCAUCGACACCUGCUGAGCUUCAGAGAAAACGAUAUCGAAAAUUUUUCGCGUCCUUCGGUUGCGCUUUGCUUGGGAUUCUGCUGUUCAUUUUGUUCACAUUUGGGUAUGUCGAGCUCACGACAAAACUCCUGCGUCACCUUUCGAUGCCGAAAUUUUUGUUUGAUAAUGGUGGAGCAAAGAGUUGGCAUCGAAACGAUUAUCCUGUGAGAGGUGACAAUGGUUUGCCGAGCAUUACUAAACACGAGCUGCCUGUUCUUGCCAGCCACAAGAUUGACAUUAGUUUCCGUCCAAAAAGGCCAGAAUUACUACAGCAUCCACCAGUGAAAACGUUCUAUGAUCCGAGGGCUUUAAGACCGAAUGAAAUGCCUAACGCUACGACCAAUCAACAACAACGGUUUCUUCUUUCCAGGAGCAGAGAGAACUUUCCGAAAGAAGAGUCUGCGGAACCAGUGCAUCAGGAGAAGGCUAAACUUGUCAACAGUCAACAAAAGGUAGCUCAAAGAAUCUACAUGGAGCGCAGGCGUCCAAAUCGCCACAUUCCAGUAAUUCGGUACCAUCCCAAGUAUGUGAUAACCAACACCAAUGACGACUUCGAUGAUCAUGACGAGAUUAUCAUGUGAAGCCGUUUGCCUUUGCGAGCCGGGUUGUCUGAAGACGUGACGUAUGUGCUCCAAAUUUCAUCACUUCAUCUCAAGCUGGAAAACUUUUGAAUUCUCACCUCUCGUGGGACAUACUUUCUUUAAACAGGGCUCGAAUUCAAGUACAAUUAGUGUAGACAUCGUCUUGUAUGCUCGAGUAACUUAGUUUUGUCUCUACAUCAUCUACAUUAUGCAUUGUAAAAAUGAAUUUGACAUUUGGGAAUUUUAUAUGAAUUCAUUACACUUCAAACUUCG